UCCGCCGCUUCCGCUGCUUAUCUCCCCAAUAACAACAACACUUUCCCCACCCACCCGUCGGCGAGCAUGGCGGCGGCGCUCGCGCUGGACUUCUCGCAACGCAAGAUACCGGUGUAUGUCAACGCCUACGAGAAGGAGUCGGUGCGCAAUCUCGCCCAGCACACACUCCGUUCGCGGAUUCCUUCUGAUGCAGGGCCUGCAAUUGUGGUCGUUGGCAAGUCAAGUUCAAGGAUCAUUGGCACAUCCCUCUCCAUUGAGAGCAGUGACUUCACUGAGCAGCUCGAGAAACUGCCAACUGUGCUAGUUGAUGCUGAUCCAAUCAUCGAAAUGAUAGAGGAAAGGGUGAAGGCAGCACAGAAGACACUGAUGGUCCAUACCCUGCCUUUGGUGAUAGUUUGUCCCCCUUUCGAGACUGGCAACAAGUUUUUGGUCCCUAUGGUUGAUGUUUGGACCGGUCCAGAAGAGUUGGAACUGGCAUGGGGUCAAGUUAACAACUUUGAGUUCAUUGUGAUGGACAUCAGGAAAACUACUUCUCCAAAGUCGUCAAAGGUGGAGGUGCCAUUAGUGACCUUGCUUGGCCAUUAUCCGCUGACAGGCAGUGACAGCAGGGGUGAUAUCAAUGUUGACUCCACUGCACGGGGUCACAUUAUCAGCAAUGAGGAACUCCUUGAAGAUUUUCAGGAGUAUCCCACUCCCAGGAUGGCUAGGCUUGGCGAUGGCACCAAUGUGCCAAUUGUUGGGUUUGGCAAGAUGAGGACAGAGGCUUUCAACAUCCCUCACGUUGAGUUCGCCCCAGAUCUGAAGCUGAAUUUUGUUUCUGUGAACCAGCUGGAUCGCGACCACCGCCUUUCUUGCUGCUUUCGCAACAAGGAUUUCGAGAUCAGAAAGGAUGACGGAACUGUUGUCGGUGCUGGCGUCCGGGAGGACAAUGGAGUUUACGUGCUCCAGAAUCUUCAUGUGCCUGAGCCAGAAAUGUAGAAGCAUCGAUCCCAGCACGUUUCAAGAAUGGAACAAGCUUCGCAACUGGGAGUUAUGCCUUAUGUGGAGGCAUGGCUAUUAUUAGGGCAAAUCUAGGUUUGCUAUUUUGUCUUGAACUGAGUUAUUGAUGGAUGAUCCACUGAUGAGUUUGUGUGGUGAUGGCGCGCGCCGCACACUGGAAAGAUGGAGUUCGUUAGUUGUCCCUGGGUGACCGGAUAUUGGAAAUAAAAGGUUGGUCCCUUAUUG